CCGCCCACUUUCUAGAGCCCUCAACUUCCUCCGUAUCAACGAUGAUCAGUCAGUCACGUUGGACUCGACAACCAACCCCACGAAUUGCACCAUAUCUGGGCUCUCUGACUGUCGUCAAGCUCAUGAAAGCUGUCGCCGGGUGUGGGCGACUCUGAAAAUACAUUUUUCGAACUCACUUUCCCCCGUCGUUCCACUUAGGUCGAGCUCCAUAACCUUGGGUUGCAGCUGUUGAGCUAGCUACAUCAGUCACCACGCGCCAGCCGUUCGGCGUUACCCACCACCUCAAAUUUCCUCAACGCGUCGGCUCUUAACGGUUCACGCACACUCAACCCCACAACAACACCCCAGGAUUGGAGGGAUUUGGACUUGAUUUUAUACUUUCAAAAGUCGAUUGGGUUCUGAUAGCUUUUCGGCGCUCAAUUUGGCCUUGGGCAGGUGUUUCGUUUGAAUUUGGCAGCACGGUUGGUUUGCGCGAAUUGGCUGUGGAGGAGCUUUCCCUUCUGUCGUCUUCCCCGCUCCGGUCGUGUCUUUGGUGCGACUACCAUUCAUCAUCGCCAGGUUGAGCUGCUUGGACCGUGACCAAUUUCUAUCUUCUAUGCCCUCUUUGCGUUCGUGAAUUGAGCCUCCCUCAGUAGUCAAUCAGUCGAUCAGAAAAGCAUUUUAUGGACUAUCUCCGCCUUUCGAGGACCCAGACGUCAUCUGCUUAGGAGGUAGCUCAACUACCAUGUCUGAAGCCGAACCCCGCCGAUCGGUGCGCAGCACCAAGGGCCAACACAAAGCCCUCGACCAGCUCGACCAACCACCAGAACAGCCCAAAAAGCGUGGGCGCAAGAAGAAGGAAGAGAAGCAGGAGGAGCCCGAGGAGAUCAUCCGCUGCGUGUGCGGUGCCACAGACCAGGACAACGCUGACCCCAACGAGCCGUGGAUUGCUUGCGAGACGUGCGAUGCGUGGCAGCACAACGUGUGUAUGGGCCUAAGCAUUUUCGAGGAAGAUCUAGCUAGUAAAUACUUCUGCGAACAAUGUCGCCCGGCCGACCACAAAGAGCUGCUCGACGGCAUCGCCCGUGGUGAGGAGCCGUGGGUUGAUCGCCGCCGCGUGUACGAGGAGGAGAAGGCCAGGGAGGCCGAGGAGGCGAGCAAGAAGCCCAAGAAGGGUAAGAAGGCUAAAGCCGCGGCGGCAGCUGCAGCUGCAGCGGCUAGGCGCGCGAGUGAGGCCCCGAAGGAGCCGGCUGCCAAAGAGGAACGAGCCGCGACUCCUGCUAGUGUCAAGGGCAAGCCAUCUCCUGCUCCUGCGGCGGUUCCGACCCCGACUCCCGCUCCUGCUCCUACGCCUGCACCUGCGCCCGCAGCGGAUGCAAAGAAAGAGGUGACCUCUAAGGUUGCCGCGCCCGCGGCCGGCAAUAAGCGUAAAGCGCGCGAUCCGCCAGAAGAUCAAGCACCAAAGGGGUCUGCCUCGAAAAUAAGAAAGAUUUCGGAUACCCAGAGUGUGCCUGUACCAGCCGAGGAACCUAAGGCCAGUGCUGAGCCAGCAGCUGUCAAGCCAGCCGCUGAACCCUCUCCUGCUUCAGUACCGGCCCCAGCGGCCGUUCCCGCUCCAGCUCCGCCUCCGCCUCCACCUCCGUCUCCUCCUCGCCGAAAGGUCAAGUACGACCCUCCUGCGGAUUUGCCGGCUGCCAUUAGUGAUCUGCCACCUGCCCAGCAAUCUACGGCCAAGGCUCUCAGGAAAAGUAUAUCUACCGCACUGUCAGCCCUGGAGAAGAAGAAGAUUUUCUCUCCCGCCGAGGGAUCCACGGUAGCACAGGUUGCGGAGCGUCUUGCUAUUCAGAUUGAGCGCGCUGUGCAGGACACACAUGCCAACACUAGCAAAUAUGGUGGUCAGAUCAAGACUCUGGCCUUCAACCUCAAGUCUAACACAGACCUUGUCAAGGGGUUACUUGAAAGCACUAUGUCACCCCCAAUUUUGGCAACUAUGACGACGGAUCAGAUGGCUUCGAAGGAGCUGCAGCGAGAGACGGCCGAGAUGCUCAAACGUGCAGAGAAGCAAAGCAUAUUGAUCAGUGAUAAUGGGCCCCGCAUAAAGAAGACUCACAAGGGUGACGAAAUAGUCGAGGAUGAGCCUUCCUCGGCAGCUGAUGACGCGCCUAACGCCCCAAUAAGGAUCCGCGAGUCCGUUUCUGGUCCGGCCGGUCCCCUGGACCAUGAUGAACCUCCUGCUGACCAACCUGGUGGUGAUGCCAUGGAGGUGGAGCUGCCAGCGGAUUUGGACAUUCGCCGCCCUUCACAGAGUGCCAGAGAAAAGAUCAAGAUAGAUACUCAAUCGAGUGCCCGAUCACCAAGCUUUGAUAUAAACAAGGUGUUUUCCCAGGUCAAGUCUCCAUCACAGCCGGGACGCCGACUAUCGCAGGCGGUCGCUCCAGCCAAGGGUUCCGUGCACGACCCUGAUGUCGACAGGAUGCUGAUGGGAGAUGAUGCCACCGAAUCGGAUGGAUACUCACCCACGGAGGAGACGGACCCAGACGUCGUCUGGAGAGGGAUAUUAGACAUGCCCAAUGUGGCAAGCGUGCCCGUCACGUCAAGAUGGGCAGGUGGUGGCAAUCUUUUGAACGCGUACGGCAAGCCGUGGAGUCAAGUCUUUCCAUCCAAACUCCACGUUCAUGGCCGCCUGGACGAGGAAACUACCUCAGCCUACCUAUGCGGCAUGAGGUGGAGGGCCGAGAUGGACGUGAUAGUUACAGGCGUAUAUCCUGCAAGGGAUGAUCGCAAAGCGGAUUUUGCAAAGAUCGUGUCAUAUUUCGUCCAAAGGAAGCGCUACGCCGCCGUCACCAAUCCCCAGCCUGGCAUUACAGCAACUUACCUCAUUCCGGUUCUUCCGGACCAGCCUUACCCCGAGAUAAUGAUGAACCUCGAGGACAAUAAGAUACCCGAGAAGCGCACAGAGCCCAUGCUCCUUGCUGUGUUUGUCUAUCAGAACCAGGCGGCACAGUUGCAGGAACUCCACGAGAAGCAGGCUCGGGGAGCGGCUUUUCAGACCCCACAACCCCAAGGCACACCAACGCCAAAUCCAAUGGGUAGUAAACCUAGGCAUUCCUCUGUGUCGGUACCACCCUGGUCGCCGAGCACACCGCAGGGAGGUUUCCCGUCAACUAUGGCGUCUCCUUCACCGGGGACUAACGGUCAGGGGAGGGGCCAGUUUCAGCAACAGCAGCAUCCAGUCCCGGCCGGACCGGCGUUUCAGCACACAAACCAGCAGUUCUCGCACGUACCUCUUACCCCCCACGCCCUGGCUGCUCAAAAGCAGCAACAGAUGCAACAACAGCAGGCUGCUCAGCAGUUGAGCGCAGCAUCACCUGCAGCUGGUAAUGCCACUGCGACAAACUUCCAAGCUGCUGGUCCGCAACCGCCCUCGCAAGCCGCCAUUGCGCGUGCUACUAGCAUACUGGGACCUGAACUUGUGCACAGCGCGACGGCGCGGAUGCUGCUAUGUGCUCCAUCGGCCAAUGAGAUGCAACCCAAAGAAUGGGAAGUGAUCAAGAAAGUGUAUACAGAGCAUCCUGGUACCAGAGAUGACGCACAACUUCUCAGCACGCUACUGCACGACUAUAAUGUCAAGGAGCAGCAACACCGAAUGGCAGCUCAACAGCAGCAAGCACGACAGCCGUUACAGCAACAACCACAACAACAACAACAACAACAGCCGAAGCCAGCUCCAGCACCAUCUCGUGCUGUCCAGCCACCACAAGCACGGCCAGCGCAGCAAAAUUCGCAGCAGCAGCAACGAAUUUCGUCCCAGAAGCAACAAGGACAGUCUGCAUCUCCGACGCCGCCUACACAGCAAACGGGCGCCACUGCGACUCCAGCUGCAGGAACUCAGCCAGCGCCCCCACGUCCAGUAUCGCAAACCCCUGUUCCCAUUCCUCACGUGCCACAUACGCCACAGAACAAGCUUCCCGGCGCUGCUGCUGCGGCCGCCACCAGGCCGGCUCAGACCCCCGUGCCUGUGCCAUCAUCAGCUCCCGUAGCUGCACAAGCAACAGGCGCAGCAGCCCCAGCGGCCCCUUCGACAGCUGGCGGAGCGAAGUAGGACAAGUCGACCCAGCGGCGGACGGGGCCUUUAUCGACGACGCCGAUUCCCAUUCCGCGUGUCCCGCGUUCGUCGAGACCACGACAGUCGUAGUGUCAUUCGGACAAGUCCGAGGUUCUAAAGAGGCGGGCAUCAUGAUGAGUUUACGAGAUUGCAUGGCUGUCUUGUCUUGUCGAUACAUUUGUAGGGCGCUAAUUGGAUUUGACCCGUUGGCUUCGGUUUUACUUUUUUAUUUUUAUUUUUCAUCUUUUCUUAACUCUUCACGGAUUUUUGAUGGACAGUUUAUCCCGGUUGAUGAGCGAAUUUCUGUUCGGAGUCGGCACUUAUUUUUUUCAUUAUUUUCUUUUCCAAACUCAUGGUACCCUACUGUUUCUUUGCAGCGGGCAUAAAAAUAAACUCCUUGUGUAUAAGGUUUUCUUUGCCUGGAUGCUUGGCCGGACGAUCAUAAGUCUUAACUAUUUUAAACUCGUCUUAGCUCAAUUGGUAGUCCUCAGAACCGCCGUGGUUCGCCCACGUGCGGAAGGCUUUUAAUUAUGAAGGGCGCUUCGAUUACCUUUUUGAGGGUUCGCCGUAUCCUGCGAGUGGAUUGGGCAUGCAUGACAAGUGGUUUGAGAGACAGAUUGACUGAGGCAUUUCGAUAUCAAGUCAGAAACAAAAGAUAGUAUGGUAUGAGCAGAUUGACCGUUG